AUGCCCGGACCGCGGCUGCCAAAAAAUGGCUAUCGGCGAGGAGGAAAGAAUGCCUACCACGGGCCCUCAAAAACUAAAACCUUCACAUCUUCGAACCGCAAUGAAGCUACCUCUGCAGAUGAAAAGCGCGAGGCCGUCAAGCUCGCGGACUCAAUCGAUGAGUCCAUGGGUUUCGCACGCUACGAUUCUGGCAAGAAGAAAGUCGGCUGGCUCUGCAAUCUCAAGCCGACGACUAUAGAGGACGAAAAAAUUGCGGAUGGAAGGGCGGGCUUGGAUUGCUACUUUAUAGAAGAGGAUGGUGGGACGUUCAAGGCCACGCUUGAGUAUGAUCCGUAUUUCUUGGUUGCGGUCAAGAGGGGUCAUGAACCAGAAGCAGAGGAAUGGAUAAAAAGAGCGCCUGGAGGGGGCGUGGUAAAAAGCCUGAGGAAGGUCGAGAAGGAGGAUUUACAGAUGCCCAAUCAUUUGCUGGGCUAUCGCAGGACCUUUUUUGAGCUCAGAUUUCAUAAUGUCAGCGAUCUGCUAGCAGCUAGGAGAGAUAUCAUGCCCAUUGCAGAGAAGAACAAGAAGAAUAUGAAUGCGAUGGAUACUUAUGCGGAGGUUGCUAGUGCAAAUGCAGGAUUUGACCUCUUUGAUGACGACCGAGAUGACGAUAGACGACUUAAUGCUUCUGUUACGGAUGGCAGCGAUUUCAUUGUGGAUAUACGGGAAUGGGAUGUACCAUAUCAUGUGCGGGUAAUGAUAGACAUGGAUAUACGGACGGGCAAAUGGUAUACGGUGGAGGCAAAACAUGGCCAUACAACCAUGAAAUGUUUAGAGGAGCGACUUCAACGAGCAGAUCCAGUGGUGAUGGCCUACGAUAUCGAGACGACGAAAUUGCCUCUGAAAUUCCCAGAUGCGGCGAUUGACCAGAUUAUGAUGAUCUCUUAUAUGAUUGAUGGGCAAGGUUUUCUUAUCACGAACCGAGAGAUUGUAUCCGAAGAUAUCGAGGACUUCGAGUACACCCCCAAACCAGAAUACGAUGGCCCCUUCAUGAUUUUCAACGAGCCGGAUGAAAAAGCAGUCAUCGAACGAUUCUUUCUACAUAUCAAGGAAGCACGGCCGACUGUUAUAGCAACUUAUAACGGAGAUUUCUUCGAUUGGCCCUUUGUUGAUGCGCGCUCGAGUGUUAAUGGCAUUGACAUGUACCAGGAAAUAGGCUGGAGGAAAGGCACCGAUGAUCAAUAUUGCUGUGACUAUAGUGCUCAUAUGGAUUGUUUUCAUUGGGUCAAUCGAGACAGUUAUUUACCGCAAGGUAGCCGAGGUUUGAAAGCGGUCACGACAGCCAAACUUGGAUAUGAUCCCGACGAGUUGGAUCCGGAAUUGAUGCUUCGGUAUGCAAGUGAGCGCCCUCAGACCCUUGCGGAAUACUCGGUAUCAGAUGCAGUGGCAACAUAUUAUCUGUAUAUGAAAUAUGUACACCCUUUCAUCUUCUCCUUGUGUACGAUCAUUCCACUCGGACCGGAUGCCGUCCUCAGGAAAGGAACAGGGACGCUUUGCGAAAUGCUGCUCAUGGUCCAGGCUUAUCAGAAGGAGAUAGUGCUACCAAAUAAACAUGUCUCACCGAAGGAGUCCUUCUGGGAAGGCCAUCUUUUGGAGUCGGAAACUUACGUUGGCGGGCAUGUCGAGAGUAUAGAGGCUGGAGUUUUCCGAGCUGAUAUCCCCGUUAAUUUCGCGGUUGAUACCACAGCAAUUGACGAGCUUCUACACGACCUGGACGCUGCUCUGAAGUUCAGCAUCACGGUCGAAGAAAAGAAAUCGCUGGAUGAUGUUACGAAUUACGACGAGGUAAAGCAAGAAAUCACAGAUCGGCUGAACAGCCUCAAGAUCACCGCCAAUCGAAGCGAGCGGCCUCUGAUCUACCAUCUAGAUGUCGCAUCUAUGUAUCCCAAUAUCAUGACCACCAAUCGAUUACAGCCGGAUUCCAUGAUUCAAGAGUCGGACUGCGCGGCUUGCGACUUCAAUAGACCGGGAAAGACCUGCGACAGGCGCAUGCCCUGGGCUUGGAGGGCAGAGUACCUCCCAGCAAAACGCGACGAGUAUCUUAUGAUCAGAAACUCGCUUGAGAACGAAAGGUUCCCUGGAAAAUAUCCUACUAGCCCCCCCCGAACGUUUCAAGAACUACCAGCGGAUGAACAAGCAUCUCUUAUCCGAAAACGGCUCCAGAUUUAUAGCCAGAAAAUUUACCACAAGAUACACGAGUCGAAGACUAUUGAGCGAGAGGCUAUAAUUUGCCAACGAGAAAAUCCGUUUUAUAUCAAUACCGUCAGAGAUUUCAGGGACAGACGAUAUGAUUACAAAGGGAAACAGAAAGUCUGGAAGGGGAAAACGGAGGAGCUCAAAGCAUCCGGUGCCUCGCCUGCUGAGAUUGAAAACGGCAAAAAGAUGGUUAUUUUAUUCGACUCCCUGCAGCUGGCGCACAAGGUCAUUCUGAAUUCCUUCUACGGAUAUGUGAUGAGGAAAGGUUCUCGGUGGUAUUCCAUGGAAAUGGCUGGUGUGACGUGUUUGACAGGGGCACAUAUUAUUCAAAUGGCCAGGCAGCUUGUCGAGCGAAUUGGCCGUCCCCUGGAACUGGAUACUGACGGGAUUUGGUGCAUGUUGCCUGCGACAUUCCCAGAAAACUAUGGAUUCAAACUAAAAAGUGGGAAGAAGCUCGCCAUUUCAUACCCCUGUGUCAUGUUGAACCAUCUCGUCCACGCAAAAUUCACCAACCACCAGUACCAGACGCUAGUUGAUUCGAAGACAUUUAAAUACGCGACUCACAGCGAUAACUCAAUUUUCUUCGAAGUUGACGGGCCGUACCGAGCAAUGAUUUUACCUACUUCUAAAGAGGAGGAUAAGAAUCUGAAGAAACGUUAUGCUGUGUUUAAUGAUGAUGGAAGUCUCGCAGAGUUAAAAGGUUUCGAAGUCAAGCGGAGAGGGGAGCUUAAACUUAUUAAAAUCUUCCAGCAGCAGAUUUUCAAGUUCUUCCUGGAAGGGACAACGCUUGCCGAGACUUACAGCGCCGUUGCAAAAGUAGCAAACCAAUGGUUGGACGUGCUUCACUCUAAAGGCCGGACGCUUGCAGACGAGGAACUGAUCGAUCUUAUUUGCGAGAAUAGGAGCAUGUCGAAAACGCUGGAAGAAUAUGGGACGCAGAAAUCGACUUCUAUCACCACUGCCAAACGCCUCGCCGAUUUCUUAGGAGAGCAGAUGGUAAAAGACAAAGGCUUGAAUUGCAAGUACAUUAUCUGCGCAAAACCGAAAAACGCCCCUGUUACUGAACGGGCCAUUCCCGUGGCAAUAUUCUCGGCGGAUAGUUUGAUAAAGAGGGCUUUCUUGAAGAAAUGGCUGAAAGAAGAUCCUGCGGACAUGGACCCGAGAUCCCUUUUGGAUUGGGAUUACUAUCUUGAGCGUCUCGGUUCAGUCAUUCAGAAACUGAUCACCAUUCCAGCUGCAUUGCAGAAAGUGAGGAAUCCCGUUCCAAGAGUACCUCAUCCGGAGUGGUUGCAGCGAAGAAUCAAUGUCAAGGAUGACAAGAUGAAACAGAAGAAAAUGACAGACUUGUUUAACAAAGUCGCCCCCUUGGACGAAAUAGCCAAUCUGGGAAAUGCAAGGACGGCUGAUAUGGAAGACUACGGGACUAAACUUCUCAAACCCAGGACUCUUGACGCUGCUCUGUCACAGGUUUCGCAGAAAGCGCAGAAGCGGAAGUCUCCAGAGCCCGCUGCUCCCGUCUCGGUCAACCCAUACGCAGCUCUGCCCGACAAGAUGCCCAUCCCCACAGAGGAUUAUCUCGGCUUCCUUGAAUAUCAGAAACAGAAGUGGAAGAUUCAAAAACAAGCACGGAUUCGGCGCCGGCAUCUAUUCGGCGAGAGCCGCGUUAGUGCCCAGAACAACAUUGGUGCCACUUUCCGAACCCAAGCUGAGAUGACCUAUAAGAGCACUUGGCAGGUGCUUCAACUCCAGGCCACAGAGAGUCCUGGGGUAUUGAUGGCUUUUGUGCUGAUUGACUUUAAGAUUCACGCCGUUAAGGUCAAGGUGCCAAGACAACUUUUCCUGAACCUGAAGGGCAAGGAACUUCCCGAUAUUGAAAUUGACGGAUGCGAGGCACAGAAAGUAAAUCAUACCUUACCUAAUGGUCAUCCUUCAGUCCACCUUUUCAAACUCACCAUGUCCGAAGACAUUUACGUCAACGAGGCACAAAAGCUCUCACUGUUGUUCAACCACCCGAGCGUUGAAGGCGUCUAUGAGAAGCAGGUUCCAUUACACGUCAGGGCAGUUUUACAACUUGGCAACCUCUGCACCUUUGAUGAAACGCAACCUGGUAUUUUAGGUAAGGGUUUGGAAUCUGGAUUUGAUCUGGCCGGUCUAUGCAGAGCCCCUUCCCAACAACCAUAUCUCUCACAGUCACCUGUCACGUACCUCUACUUGUACCACGUUGUGGCUGGUGAUCGACAGGUUUUUGCGUUAUUUUCAACCGCAAAAGACCAAGCCCAUGUUAUAAUAUUGCAAAAGUCAAAGGAUUCAAACCAGGAUCUCCCGAACAUUGGCAAGAUAUACACAGAUAUGCUUGCAAAACGGAAUCAAGAAGCAGAUGGCCAGUUGUGGCAAAAUUGUUUCUCAUACCAAGAAGCCAUUCAGUUUAAAACACAUCAGGUUACGACAAGACGGAAAGCUCUUCUGGAAGUUAGCGAUCUGAUUAAGCGGAUUCAAAAUGACGAGACAAAGCCGCUUAUGCUUGUUAUCCAAUCACCUCAGCGACGAAUGCUUGUCCAUGAUAUUGCAAUAUUGCGAGAUUUUCCAGUCCUGUCGCUUAAAUGCGAAGUAUCCGAUAGCAACCUGCCACCCCUCCAAUGGCAAGCCUUCGUUGCCAAGCGCCUGGUGAAUCACUACCUCAGUCUUGGAGCAUGGGUCUUGCACCUGACUGAGCUGGCGAGAUAUGGAGAUAUCCCACUCUGCAACCUCGAGCGAGAUGAUCCCCGGUUUCUAAUCGAUAUUGCCUACGCCAGGCGACUUCAGAAGAACAACGUGGUAUUGUGGUGGUCAGGUGGCCCAAGACCAGAUCAUGCUGGAUAUGAACAAGAUGAUGUUCUCGGGCCACUAGAUGUCGUCCAAAUGCCCUCCGUCAAUAACCCCGGCACAUAUCCAUCUGUUUGCAUUGAGCUCGAUGUUCGCAAUCUCACAAUUAAUACUAUCUUGACUUCUUCUCUUAUAAAUGAGCUCGAGGGUAGUGAUUCCGUCUCCUUCAACCCAGCUGCACCAUCAGAUGAACCAAGCGAUGGAACAACCAUUCUGUAUGCCGACAAUACUUUUGCAACCGCAGGCGUCACUGUCCUUCGUGAAAUGGUCAAGGCUUGGUGGACAGAAGCCUGCAAAGGAAGCAAUAUGGCGGAUAUCAUGGUACAGCAUCUCGUACGAUGGGUCGAAAAUCCAGAUUCGUUCCUAUAUGAUCGAUCACUGCAUUACUAUGUGCAAAUGAUGUCCCGAAAAGCUUUUCAACAACUUAUGACAGACUUCCGGAGAGUUGGCUCUCAUGUUGUGUUUGCCAGCGCAAAUCGCUUAUUGUUACAGACUACCAAAGCUGAAGUCGGUAACGCUUAUGCAUACAGCCAGUAUAUACUCAAAUCCAUCAAGGCCAAGCCUCUGUUCCAUUUCCUCGACCUCGAGAUCAAGGAAUAUUGGGACUAUCUUGUUUGGUACGAUGAAUUCAACUAUGGCGGCAAGGCAUGCCAAGAGGUCAUCGAAGCAGAGAAUCAGACUCUUGAUUGUAUUAUGAACUGGCAACUUGCCAAGUUUUUGCCACAGCCCCUUCAACCAAUUUUCCAUGAUUGGGUCGUUGAGUUUAUUGAUGUGAUGCACAAGCUCAAAAGGCCUCGGGCCUUGAAUGGCGUGGAAUCCACUCCCAGAGCAACACAACUGCCAGUCCAGAAUCUCGGCGACGGUAAAGAGGACAAGAUCGUCCUCGGAAGGGAAUUCGAGAAACCCCUCAAGCGCCAAAUCGCAGGUCUUAUACGCCGCCAAAAGGACGAAAUGCUACAUCCUGAACUGGCGUCUGAUUAUGAGUUCCCUGUUCUCCCUGGCUCGCAUCUCAAAUUCAGUAAUCCGGUCCUUCAGCUCGUCAAGUCCCUCAUGCAAGUCCUCUCGCUUGACAAAAAUAUCACUCUGGAAGCACGCCUCCUCCGCAAAGAACUCCUCGCCCUCUUUGAAGUCCGAGAAUUCAGCAACGAUGCACGCUUCGAGAAUCCCUCUGAAAGUCUCAAAAUGCAGCAAAUAAUUUGCGAGAACUGUACGAUGGCCCGCGAUCUGGAUUUCUGCCGCGAUGAGGAUCUGGCCCCCGAAACUAGGACUCCCGCGCAAGAUGCCAGCUCAAGACCUUGGAAAUGCGGAUUUUGUGAUGCUGAGUAUAAUCGUCUCAAUAUUGAGGAGCGAUUAAUUGCCUCUGUGCAGGGUAUGGUUGUUGAAUGGUGCACGCAAGAUUUAAAGUGUAUAAAAUGUAAAGUUAUAAGGGUCAACGAUUUUAUGGAACAUUGUGCUUGUAGUGGGGAGUGGGCGGGGAGUGUGAAACGAGAGGAGAUAGUAAGGAAACUGAGCAUAUAUCGGAAUUUGGCAAGGUUUUAUGGGUUGAGGAUGUUGGAGGAUGUUGCGGAAGGAGUUUGGGGAGGUUUAUAA